AUGGUGUUAAAAGAACGCCUUGAAAUUACUAUUGUCGGUGCCGGCCUCAGUGGCAUCGCAGCAGCAAUUUCCUGCGCCACAACAGGUCACUCAGUCCGAGUAAUCGAGCAAGCCAAAGAACUAGCCGAGGUCGGAGCCGGCCUCCAAAUAACCCCCAAUGCCUCGCGCCUCUUCAAUCACUGGCAGCUUCCUUCUUCAAUCUGGGAAACAGCCGCAGAGCCGACAUCUGUAACGGUGCAUCGGUAUUCGGGACAGGUUCUUGCGCAUGAGAAAGGGUUUGACAAGAAUAUUCGGGGAAAGUAUCCAGCGCCAUUUGUGGAUUUGCACAGGGUUGAUUUACAACAAGCGCUUUUCGCGCGCGCGAAACAGCUAGGCGUGAAGUUCCACAUGAAUGAGCGCGUUGAGCGCAUUGAUUUCGAUACCACCACCGUAUAUGUUGUCUCCGGAAACACAUACUCCAGCGAUCUAAUAAUCGCAGCAGACGGUCUCUGGUCUCGCUGUCGAGAGUGUUUUCUGGGCCGGAAAGAUGAGCCCCUCCCAACAGGCGACCUGGCAUAUCGAAUCGUGCUAUCUGCAGAGCAAAUUGAGGACCCUGAGUUGAAGAGAUUAGUUGAGAACCCUGAAGUGCAUUUCUGGGUUGGACCAGGGGCGCAUGCGGUUGCUUAUUCGUUGCGAGGGGGGAGGAUGUUUAAUGUUGUGUUGCUUGUGCCGGAUAAUUUGCCGCCGGGAGUGGCGAGGGAGGCUGGGUCUAUAGAGGAGAUGAGGGGGUUGUUCGGGGGUUGGGAUCCUAUUUUGACUCGGUUUCUUAGUUAUGUGGACCAUGUUGAUAAGUGGAAGUUGAUGCAUCAUGCCGAGAUGGAAACAUGGGUGAACGAGAAAUCCAACCUUGUCUUCAUAGGCGAUGCCUGUCACCCUAUGCUGCCCUACCUCGCUCAAGGAGCAAACUCCUCCCUCGAAGAUGGAGCCGUCCUAGGCCACCUGCUAGGACACAUGAAGAACAAAUCGCAAUUACCGGAGAUUCUCCGUUUAUACGAGAGUGUGAGAAAGUCGAGGGGUGAAGCUAUUGUCAGGGAGACAUUUAAGCAGCGACACGACUUCCACAUGCCCGACGGCGAAGAACAACAAAAGCGAGAUCAGAUUUUCCUCUCGCAGUUGGGGAAAGAGAUUAACGGUGCUUUUCCUAGUCGGUGGACAUGCCCUGAAGUACAGCCGUGGUUGUAUGGAUACGAUGCUAUCCAGGAAGCUGAGGACGCGAUUGCGCGGAAUGGGGAGGUGUUUAAAUCGGUCUUGUAG